GGACGUGACUUUACCAGCGUUCCAGAUUGUUGGCCACCCAGCUGCUAAAUUUGAUCAAAUAAAGUGGUGCUUAAUCAAGUAGUCUCCGCUUGGGUUAUCUAAUUAAUUUAAUAUGGUAUCUCAAGUUUAAGUAAUGGACUGGGACCUUACAGCACCAUGCAUGUAUUUCAUUUGUAUGGUGCCAAACACAACAGUUUCUUCACCCGCAGGCUUUCCUAUCUCUGCCAGUCCCCAAAACCAAUGUGCCAAUGGCCAGGAGGAUACAGUCUGCGACUCAAAGACCCGGAUGGGCUCUUUUCUGCUAUUAGGGUUUUUUGCUUUCUGGAAGGGUCUGUUGGUUUGGUGAUGGCUUCCUGAACUAUAUGAACCUAAGGAGUGGUCUGUUUUUAUUGAGAUACAUAUCCGGUCUUGUUAUCAGUGUUCUUUCAUGCUUCAGGCUCAGUGGUGGGAUUCAGCUGGUUCGCACCACUUCGGCAGAACCGGUAGCUAUUUUUUUGUUGCCCAGGCCCAGAAUGGACUUCCAGAAGCGGCAUCCAUACAGAGAACUGGUUUUUCACAUAUUUGAAUCCCACUACUGUUCAGGCUGCAUGAUAUAGAGCCAAGUUACAUAAGGAUGUGAAGGGUUCUGGAACAAAGGGAAAUUGUUUAGUCUAACUGUUGGUUUCUUGCUUUUCGUAAUCAGCUUUUGCACCAGAGAAAUUUCAUGCAAGCUUGGGAAACAUGUACAUGGAUGGGAUAUACUGAAGGAGGGAAAUCUCACCGGCUCAAGGUUGACUCAACCUUCCAUCCUUCCAAGCCAAAAAGCUUGUCGCGCAGAGUUGAAGCUAUGGUGCUAAUCAGAGUGCUGGCAAACCUUCUGAUACUACAGCUUUCUUACGCACAAAAGUCUUCUGAACUGGUCAUUGGAGGUGAAGAAUGUAACAUAAAUGAACAUCGUUUCCUUGUAGCCUUGUACACCUUUAAAUCUAAGAGGUUUCACUGCAGUGGGACUUUGAUCAACCAGGAAUGGGUGCUCACUGCUGCAUACUGCGACAGGAAAAAUAUCCGGAUAAAGCUUGGUACGCAUAGCACAAAUGUAACAAAUGAGGAUGUGCAGACAAGAGUCCCAAAGGAGAAGUUCUUUUGUCUCAGUAGCAAAACCUACACCAAAUGGGACAAGGACAUCAUGUUGAUCAGGCUGAAAAGACCUGUUAACAACAGUGAACACAUCGUGCCUGUGAACUUGCCUUCCAACCCUCCCAGUCUGGGCUCAGUUUGCCGUAUUAUGGGAUGGGGCACAAUCUCAGCUACUAAAGAGACUUAUCCCGAUGUCCCUCAUUGUGCUAACAUUAACAUACUCGAUUAUGAGGUGUGUCGAGCAGCUCACGGAGGGUUGCCAGCAACAAGCAGAACAUUGUGUGCAGGUAUCCUGAAAGGAGGCAAAGAUUCAUGUAAGGGUGACUCUGGGGGACCCCUCAUCUGUAAUGGAGAAAUCCAGGGCAUUGUAUCUUGGGGGGCGCAUCCUUGUGGCCAAAGUCUGAAGCCUGGUGUCUACACCAAGGUCUUCGAUUAUACUGAGUGGAUCCAGAGCAUUAUUGCAGGAAAUACAGAUGCGACCUGUCCCCCGUGAAAACUUUUGAAAAAAUUAAGAGGAGAAAAUGUAACAUAUUAGUACAUCUCUUCUAUAUCCCUGACCAUAUCCAACUACAUUGGAAUAUAUUCCCAGGCAGUAAGUUUUUUUAAGACUCAAAUAGGACUGCCUUUGGAGUAAGAAAUGCUCAAAAUAGUGCUGCAGAGAUCAUGUCCCGUUUAAUUUCAGUAUAAAACAAUCUCAGUAAAAUGGAGGCCUGUUUUAGGGUGAGGUGCAAAAUUUUCUAAAAUGGACCAUUCCAAAUAUUUUAACCUCUGAAUAUCUUUCAAUUUCUGUCUACUUCUGGGACAGUGGGGUCCUUGAUGCUCUCUGAGCUUGUCUUCUUGCAGACGUUUCAUUACCCAGCUAGGUAACAUCAUCAGUGCUAGAAUAUUCUCUUCUAUUGGUACUUGUGUGGCAUUUACAAUACGCUCAUAUGCAGUCACCACUGUUGGCUAAAAAGGAUCCUAGGUUAAUCCCCAUUCCAAAUCACUAAAUAGAAUCUUUUGAGAAUCAUGUUUUCAUGUAAAUUCUCAGGUAUCCACAGCAAUAAAAUUGUAUAAAUCGUCA